AUGGGAUCUCGAGUUUACGUCGGCCGACUGUCGUAUCGUGCGCAUGAGCGUGAUAUUGAACGAUUUUUCCGAGGCUAUGGUCGUAUUACGGAAAUUUUACUCAAGAAUGGUUACGCUUUCGUGGAGUUCUCGGAUCGUCGCGAUGCUGAAGAUGCGGUGCACGAUCUGAAUGGCCGUUCAUUGCUCGGUGACAGUGUUGCUAUUCUCAGAGUUAUCGUGCAAAAUGCCAAAAGCCGCCCUCGAGGACGUGAUAUGUACCGUGAACGACUGCGUGAGCGAUCACGUUCACGAGAACGAAGACGAAGUCACAAUCGGAGGCGAAGUCACAGUCGUGAUCGAAAGAAGAGAAAGCAUUCAUCAAGUGAUAGUGAUUCACUUGCUGACAAUCGUCGUCGCUCAUCAUCAAGGUCGCUCAGUCAAAGUCCAAGAAAAAGUAUCAAAAAAGCAGUAUCUGGUAAAAGACGUAGGCAUGACAGAAGUUCAUCGAGCCGUUCACGUAGUCCUGAAGAUAGGAAAUAUAAAGAUAAACGCAAGGAGCCGAAAUAUCGUAGCAGUUCGGAAACUGAAGGAAGUGUUGAUCGCAGUGAAGGGAACAAGCAUAAAAUUAUUGUUCGAGGUUUCGACAGCAGAGGAAAAUUUGCAAAGACCAUAGUGAAAGUUGUUAAAAAAUUGUUCGAGUGUUACGGUAUGGCAUCUGCUGUAUUAAGUCCUGAAAACAAAAUUUUCGGAUUCAGAAAUUUGAUGAGAUUUGCUUUUAUCAGUCACUACUGCCAUCAGCACAUCAUUAUCAUUCGAAUGGCGCAUAAUUCUGAAUGUUGCGUUCCAAACAUUAGCCGUUCGUUCCGUCCACAUUCAUUUACACCAUCUGUUCAUUCGUUCGUUCGUUCGUAUGUAUGCUUCGAGUUAUGCAAUCACAUCCAAGUCUUCCAUGUAUCUGUUGUCUAUGGCGUUUCGUUCGUGCAUACACCGAGCUCAGAUUAUGCGACUUUGAUUACUUGGCGCUUCCGUUUAAAGCAUGCUGCUAAAAAGUAUGGCCAUUUGAUGGAUUUCAAAAUGCGUAGUGAUAAUUCCUGUUGCAUGUAUUAG